AUGGAUCAAACGGUACCAGUCAACGAGGUAAUUGACCUCACCUCUGUCCAAGGCCCAUACCCGCUCUCAUCAGGCCGUUGCAAUGGCGAAAACCGUAAAUUCAGUUUGGAUGAUACCAGCAGCUACGACGUUGGAAGUCUGGCCUCUCGGAACUCUGGAGUCUUGUCGGGAUACAAUACCUUGGACGCCCCGCCAAAUUACGACUUCUAUGCCAACACGGAGGUCUUUGGUCGGGCUCGACGAUCAAGACCAUCGCUUUUUCAACUUCACAACAACACUGAGGAUGAUGCCUUCCCACCCCCAUUGUAUGAGGAGACCCCUGGGAACAAGGACAAACCUGAGGAUGAGGAACCUUUAGAACCGCCACCAGAACCAUCCCGGUUUGGGUGGGUUCAGGGAGUCAUGAUUCGAUGCAUGCUCAACAUCUGGGGAGUGAUCCUAUACCUGAGGUUACCCUGGAUCACGGCACAAGCAGGCAUUGGAUUGACCUGGCUUAUUAUCUUACUCUCCUCCUGCAUUACUGGGAUAACUGGUCUGUCCACCUCGGCUAUUGCCACCAACGGCAAGGUCAAAGGAGGAGGGACCUACUUUCUGAUCUCUCGCAGUCUGGGUCCGGAGCUGGGCGGCUCCAUUGGUCUUAUCUUUGCCUUUGCCAAUGCUGUAGCUGUUGCCAUGCACACCGUCGGGUUUGCUGAGACUGUGCAAGCCCUCAUGCAGGAGAUUGGUGCCAGCAUGGUUGACCGAAUCAACGACAUUCGCAUCAUUGGAGUGAUCACGGUCUCAUGUCUACUGGCCAUCUCAUUGGCUGGCAUGGAGUGGGAGGCCAAGGCCCAGGUCCUGUUCUUUUUGGUGAUCAUGGUCUCCUUCGCCAACUACAUAGUGGGCACCAUCAUUCCUGCCACUCCCCAGAAACAAGCCAAGGGUUUCUUUAGUUACAGAGCGGACAUUUUUGCUGCUAACUUUGUGCCUGGGUGGCGUGGGCCGGAGGGCUCUUUUUUUGGCAUGUUCUCCAUUUUCUUCCCCUCGGCAACAGGCAUUUUGGCCGGUGCCAACAUCUCUGGAGACCUGAAGGACCCUAAUGUAGCCAUACCACGCGGGACAAUGCUAGCUAUCUUCUGGACCACAGUGUCUUAUCUCAUCAUUUGUGCCACCAUUGGAUCCUGUGUUGUGCGCGACGCCUCUGGUGACCUGAACGACACUCUUGUGCUGGCGGACAACGCUGACUGUCUGGGUCUGGGAUGCAACUACGGCUGGGAUUUUAGUGAAUGCAUUAGAAACAAGACCUGCCCUUUCGGCCUCAGCAAUAACUACCAGACGAUGAGUAUGGUCUCUGGCUUUGCUCCUCUCAUCACUGCAGGCAUUUUUGGGGCCACUCUGUCCUCAGCACUGGCUUGCCUUGUCUCAGCCCCCAAAGUUUUUCAGUGCCUCUGUAAGGACAACUUGUAUCCACUGAUAGGAUUCUUUGGCAAAGGUUAUGGAAAGAAUGAUGAACCAAUCAGAGGCUACCUUUUGGCCUACAUUAUCGCUAUCUGCUUCAUUCUCAUUGCUGAGCUGAACACCAUUGCUCCCAUCAUUUCCAACUUCUUUCUCUGUUCCUAUGCCCUCAUCAACUUCAGCUGCUUCCAUGCGUCCAUCACUAACUCCCCAGGUUGGCGUCCUUCGUUUCAGUACUACAGUAAGUGGGCGUCUCUGGUGGGUGCUGUGGUGUCUGUCAUUAUCAUGUUCCUCCUCACCUGGUGGGCAGCCCUCAUUGCCAUCGGGGUGGUCCUCUUCCUGUUGGGAUAUGUGCUCUACAAGAAACCCUCUGUAAACUGGGGCUCCUCAGUUCAGGCAGGCUCCUACAACAUGGCCCUGUCUCACUGCGUCAGUCUGAACCACAUAGACGACCACAUCAAGAACUACAGACCACAGUGUCUGGUUCUCAGCGGUCCACCCAGUUUCCGGCCAGCACUGGUGGACUUUGUGGGCACCUUCACCAAGAACCUGAGUAUGAUGAUGUGUGGGAACGUAGUGACUACUGCCCCGUCACCCAGCGCUUUGGACUCAGCCAACAGUAACAGUCAUGUGACCUGGCUCAACAAGCGUGGGAUAAAAUCCUUCUACUGUGGAGUGGUGGCAGAAGACCUGCGGGGUGGGGUGCAGAUGCUGCUUCAGGGUGCGGGUUUGGGUCGGAUACGACCCAACGUCUUGGUGAUGGGAUUUAAGAGGAACUGGCGGAAAGUUCAACCAAGCUUAGUGGAAAAUUACGUCGGCAUUUUACACGAUGCCUUCGACCUGCAGUACGGCAUUUGUGUUCUUCGAAUGAAAGAGGGUCUGGAUGUCUCUCGCCAAAUGCAAGCACACGUGAAUCCAGUAUUUGAUGCAGGGCCUGACCUGAGCCCUAACACAAGAAGCCUUUUCACCACAGUGGAUCCCGAGGCCCUUGCGGCGUUGCCACAGCCCACGACAGUCUUCCAGUCCAGGCAGGGGAAGAAGACCAUCGACGUGUACUGGCUCUCUGAUGACGGAGGUCUGACGUUGCUAUUGCCCUAUCUGCUGAAGAGAAAGAAGCGCUGGGCGAGAUGUAAGGUUCGAGUGUUUGUCGGUGGGGAGCCUGAACAUGUGGAUGAGCAAAAACAAGAGGUCACGGCUCUCAUCAGCAAGUUCCGCCUUGGUUUCCAAGACAUCCAAGUGCUCCCUGACAUCAAUGCAAAACCCCAACCUGAACAUGUGAGGAGAUUUGAGGAUCUAAUAGGGCCCUACAGAGCAAACACUAUUCAGAAAGAUGCAGCUGGAAGUGAACGGAUAAUCAAAGACAGCCCCUGGAUGAUCACGGAUGAGGAAUUAGAGAGAAAUAAGGCCAAGACUCUUAGACAGAUCCGUAUGAAUGAGGUUCUUCUCGACUAUUCCAGGGACGCAGCCAUGAUUAUUGUAACGAUGCCUGUUAGGAGGAGAGGGGUGUGUCCCAGUGCCCUGUACAUGGCCUGGCUGGAGACCUUGUCACGUGACCUCCGACCUCCUGUCCUGCUUGUCAGGGGGAACCAGGAAAACGUGAUCACAUUCUAUUGCCAGUAA